AUGCAGACAUUGGCUCUCAGUUUUGUGUUAUUAUGGCCUCUAGUGUAUUCCACCACCGAAUGGUGGGGCGAUUUACGAGCUCAUCUUAAUCCCGCCAGGUCGCCUGCAUUCUAUGACGUCACGUAUGAUGAAGCAGGUUGUCCAGAAGGAUUACGUUCGGAUGUCAUUCCCGACUAUGUCUACUUCGGCACGAUGAUAGCAACGAUGAGUGUGAAUAAACACGAUGAAUGUCUGCAGAAAUGUGCCGAAAAGCCGCAAUGCAAGGCUGUCAAUUACUUCCACCCAUUCGCCUUCCAGAAAAAGGGAUUCUGUGAACUUCUUUCGGAAACUCAACGCGACAAUCCGCGACAGAUGCGACCUUUCUAUAUGGCCACUUAUUUUGAGAACAUUCAGUGCCGCGACACCGAAUACACCACCAAUGACCUAAUCGACAUUGUUCAAAAACCAAAGCCAAAUCGUGAAAAGGAACUUGAAAUUAAUAGAUUGGUGAAGAAACUCCCCGACAAAGUAAAUGAGUUCAACUUGGGCUUCCGGAUAGCCCGCUGA